GCCACAACUUCCACUACAAUAACAGUACUAAAAGCGCACGCACAUUGGUAGAAAUAAGAAAGGAGCUCUCUUUCUUCUCCUCCAAUCACCGCGCAACCCUUCAACGUAACCAACAACAUAUUCCGUCCGUACUGCUCGUUCAUCGCACGGAGAGCAGAAAUCUGCAAUCGCAGCACCGUUGCAUUGGCGUGCUCGAACAAUUCGCCUCGCCGACAAAUCCCCCCCCCCCUUCUAAAAAAAGUGUUGUUGUGGUUAGUUUCAUUCUUUCACGCACGUUGCGUAACUUCUCAUAAAAUUCUAAAGAAAAAGAAGGAGUAAAAGCACGGAGACAAAGAGGCGAGAGGGGAAAGCCGUCUUGCUUAAAAAACACACACACACACACACACCCUUCUCUUGCAGAAUCAACGCAGAACAGAAGGCCUCAACACCCCUCCGAGCGACACGAUGAUUUGCACUCGUGUGCUGCUCUGCAUCCUCAUGAUGCUCUUCACCGCGUGCGGCGUCUGUGCGGCUCUCUUCCCCCUCAUGCGGAGGACCGGCCGCGACGACGCUUCCCACAAGGUGAAGUACGAAGUCUAUCUCUGGUACACGGAGUCGAAGUACACCGACGCCAAGACGCACGUCUACGAACGCAUCUAUCACCGACAACGCAACUGCGGUGAGUUCCGCACCGCUGCUGUGGCCGGUGCGGCGCUGGACGUGGUGGGCUGCGGCGUCGGCGCCAUCGCCUGCAUCCUCGCCGCGGUGCACAUCUGCGCCCGCGUGAAGUUCCACCUGUGCUGCACGCUGAUGGUGCUGUGCUUUGUGGCCUUUGCCACCUUGGUCGCUUCCCUCGCGACAGUAGUCUUCACCUUCCGCGGAGACUCGUGUCCGAACGACACCGCGAACGCCAUGAGGAGCUUUCACGGCCAGGAUUACAAGCUAGUCGAGGGCUUUAUUCUGCUGUGCAUUGCGGCCGGUGGAUUCUUCAUCACGACGUUCCUCGAGAUGCUCAGUUAG